GUUUCGGUCUUCGACGGACCUUCUUGCUUGAGUAAACUAAGUUUCCAAGCACCCUCGACAGUUGAGUGACGCCAUGGCCUUGUCAGACCAUGAGCAGCGUGAGCUACAGCGGCUCCUGGCAAAGGCAAGUGGUAAAGAGAUGGUGCAAGUCUCGGCAGGCACCAUGUCGGAUGGUAGCAAGAGGCGCUCCCAAGGUGUGACUCAGCAGGAUUCUGAAGAGAACGAAGAGUUCGAGCUGAUCGCAGGAAGCGCAGAUGGCUUGAUCCUCAAGGCAAUCAAUGGUGACCAGGAUGCGGGCCGCUAUUGUCUUUUCAUCAUGCGGAAGUAUGGUGAUUCAAAGGCAAAGACCCAGGCACCAGAUUUUGCCAGGUUCUUGAAGAGGAUCAAGUAUGAUGAGCGCAAGGUUGAGACCACUGGCUUUGUGCGAACCUUCGUGAGGUGAACAAUUGGUAAGAGAGCUUUGGACCACUGCGAUGGAUGCAGUGAGCCAGGGACGAAGCUAUGACAUGAGAAUCGACUUCGGCUUGACAGAUCUUGAUGAUCAGUCUGAGGCCUAGUAAAAAAAAAGGGAAAGAAAAGACCGAAGGUCUUUGUACCGCGAUUCCAAUCCAAGAGGGAGUGUGGAAAUAGCAUUUCUGUAUGCGUGGAUUGGAUCGCUAUAUGUAUCGACACCGA